AUCGCAAACCCAAGGCCCUCUCUCGCUCAAGCCCAAAAGAAUACAGGGAGUGGCCUGUGUGUGGACUCCACCUUCUUCCCGCAAUCUCGCUGGGGCUGAUUGCCUGGUUUCAAAUAUCGUCAAAGCUCAGUCUCUCAGUUUCGACUGCAGCAAAACGACAUAAGGGAAUUGUGCGAAGAAAAGAAGAAUGGAUAUGGAAGCACAGAGGUACGUAUGGGACGGAGCAAUUCCUUUGCAGAUUCAUCUCCAUGAAUCCGACGUCGCCACUCUCCCUGCUCCCCCACCAGCCCUGGUAAACUUAUACAUCUUAGCACCUCGAAUUGGGUACCUACCAUUGUUGGCAUCGCAUCUAAAAUCUCACUUCAGUAGUGCACUUCCUCCUCGGCUAGAUACUAUUUGGUUCGAGUACAAAGGCUUGCCCUUGAAAUGGUAUAUACCAACAGGAGUUCUAUUUGAUCUUCUAUGUGCAGAACCAGAAAGGCCUUGGAAUCUGACGGUGCAUUUUACAGGAUAUCCGGGGAACAUAUUGAUUCCUUGUGAAGGUGAAGAUAGCGUAAAGUGGAGCUUUAUUAAUUCAUUGAAAGAGGCUGCAUAUAUAAUUAAUGGGAAUUGCAAGAAUGUGAUGAACAUGUCUCAACCUGAUCAGGUGGAGCUCUGGCGCUCUGUCUUAAAUGGUAAUUUGGAACCCUACCGACGGGUGUCUACUAAACUUAAGCUUGGGACAGUUGGGGAUGAAUAUGCAGCAAAGUUGAAUUUAAGUGGUGAAACUGAUUUUUCUGGACAAGUGAAGGCAGGCCGAGUUCCAGUUCGCUUAUACGUUUGGAGUGUCAGUGAGGACUUUGAAGAUUUAGAAGAUGCACCUCAGAUUGAUAGUUGGGAUAAAGUUUCUUACAUAAACCGGCCUGUUGAGAUACAAGGAGGAGAAGGAGGUAGAUGCUUCACUUUACAUGAUGCAGUGAAGAGCCUUCUGCCGGAGUAUUUUCUUGACAAAUCCUUGACCAAUGAAGAAUCAUUGACUGUAGGUGAUGAGCAUGAACAAAGAGUUUCCUCUGAAGAUGCAAGCAGCGAUAGAAAGGCCGAGGAGGAAGUAGAAAACUCAAGCGAACAUAUCACGUCUUGCUAUCAACAUGAUGAUGCUGAAAUCAAGCUAGUUCGUAUCCAAGGUAUUCAGCCUAAAUUGGAGAUACCAUUUUCUUGGGUGGCAAACAACUUAAUGAACCCUGAGCACUUUCUUCAUAUCUGUGUGUAUUUGAAAGUUCCACAAGCCAAUACCAUGUCAUAGGUAGGUUGCAUAUCAAUUCAAUUUCGCCAUGUUAUUAAAAACAAGAGGGGUGGGCAUCUUCUAUUGGCCACUUUGAAAGGCAUUUACUGUAUAAAUGUACAGAAAGAUUAAUUGUCAAUAUAUAUAUAUCCGUCAUCCACUAGAUUUCCUAGGAUAUUCCUUUUUU